AUGGCAGUUUCUUCAAUGUCUGCAAUCCUAAUCCCUUCGCUUCCACUCACCAAUUCUUCUCCAUUUCCUUCCUCUAAACUCAAUGUCUCUUCCUUCGCUCUUCCCUCUGCUAACAAUGCCUUAAAGCUUAGAGCUUUAAGACCCUCACAGUCAUCAACUAGGGUUUAUGCUGCUCCUGAAGUCUUAGAGUCCCAAGAGACCCUAGUCCCACCUCCAGAAACCCUUGAGGUUGGAAGUUCGGAGACUCCUAGUACUUCAUCACUCAAUGUUGGGGGAGAUGCAGAUAAGGCCUCCCCCAAACAGAAAAUCAGGAUUAAGCUUAGGUCUUACUUUGUGCCUCUGAUAGAGGAUUCUUGCAAGCAGAUAAUGGAUGCUGCAAGGAACACUAACGCAAAAACAAUGGGCCCUGUACCCUUACCAACCAAGAAGCGAAUCUACUGUGUUCUAAAAUCACCCCAUGUCCACAAGGAUGCGAGGUUCCAUUUUGAGAUUCGUACCCACCAGCGCCUCAUUGAUAUUCUAUACCCAACUGCACAAACAAUAGAUUCCUUGAUGCAACUGGACCUUCCUGCUGGAGUUGAUGUGGAGGUCAAGCUGUGA